AUGCCACCUCUGAAAAGAACAAGUUCAUGCACAGAUGUUGGUUUUACUCUUCGUCGCCAAUUUCACAAGGAAGAUUUCAGGCCUCACCAGCGUGAAAUCAUUGAAGCUGCUCUCGACGGCUUUGAUGUUUACGUCCAAGCAGCCACGUCCUUUGGCAAGAGUCUUUGCUUUCAGCUACCAGCAGUCAUCGACCAAGGCAUUGAAGCCCUAACAGCCUCCGGUAUCGAAGCCAACUUUUACAGCAGCAUAACUCCUUAUGAUGAUCGGCGCCGCAUUGAGCGCGAUCUUGAGAGCGGGCAUCCGAGGACCAGGCUAUUGUAUGUCACGCCCGAGUUAUGUUCUGGCUCACGCUUUCGCGAACGGCUGCAGCUAGUCUACAAGCAAAAGGAGCUUGCACGUAUCGCCAUCGACGAAGCUCAUUGUGUGUCAGAAUGGGGCCAUGACUUUCGAAAAGACUUCAAACGUCUAUCUUGGUUUCGAGACACUUUCCCAGAUGUACCAAUAAUGUGUCUUACGGCUACGGCAAACCCGCAGGUUCGCCAAGACGUACUCUCUAUUUUGAAACUCGAUCAAACUCCAGAAAGAACGAGAGAAUUUUUGAUGAACCCUCAACGUCAAAAUUUGCAUCUUGAAAUUCGGUACACCAAGGACGAAGAAGAUAACCGUCUGCAGGAUUUUCUACGAUGGAUCAACGCUGUUUACGACCGUCGUAAACAAAGUGAGAGAAAGGCAGAACUCGAACAGGUCAACGAAAGAGUCGAAAGUGUUCCUGGGAUCAUAUACACUAUAUCUCGGGAUGAAUGCGAGACCCUGGCAGCCUCCCUUCGUUCAGAAGGCAUUGGGGCCAUGCCCUUUCAUGCCAAGCUCACCAAGGAAGUCAAGGAAGAAACACUCGCCCGGUGGAUUAACAACGAGUCGGGGUACGAUAUCAUUGUUGCCACGACCGCCUUCGGCAUGGGUAUUGACAAGAAUAACGUACGCUUUGUUGUCCACUGGCGUAUUCCCAAGUCUUUCGAAGGUUACUACCAAGAAGCUGGCCGUGCUGGUCGAGAUGGCAAUGCAAGCUAUUGCUUUCUUUACUACAGCCGAGAAGACCUGGAGCGUGUCACGAGAUUGAUCAGAUCCGAUGCCAAAGCUGAGACGAAUCAGAUCGCCAGACUCAAGAGUUUGCAGGCCCUGGCUCAAUACUGCGAAGACACUGAUAAGUGCCGACAUGCUUCCAUAUGCAAAUAUUUUGGAGAAUCCAGCACACCAGAAUGCGACUUUGCUUGUGAUUGGCACAAGGAUCCCCAAGAACUUGAGAUGAGAUUUAUGAGGGGCUUAGCAAGUGAAGAGUGGGUGAGCACGCAGGCAAUGCAGGGCACUUAUGAUGUUGGGUAUUAUGACGAGUAA